AUGACCAACCAAGACUCAUCAGAGCCCUCUGAGUUCUGGCUAUACGGAUACGGGAGCUUGAUAUGGAAGCCUCCGCCACAUUUUGGUAAGCACCCCAAGCCCUUAUUCAACGGCCCUUCCACUGACGUUUCUCUCAUUUCUCAGAUCAGAGAAUCCCUGGAUGGGUCGACGGUUAUGUCCGUCGUUUCUGGCAGUGAAGAUCACCGAGGCACCCCAGAAGCUCCAGGUCGUGUUGUAACUCUCAUUGAGAGAUCCUACUGGGAACAGCUGACCGAUCAUCACGACUCUGCCCCAGAGCGAGUAUGGGGCGUUGCUUACCGCAUCAUCCCUGAGAAGGUCGCUGAAGUUAAGGAAUACCUUGAUAUUCGUGAGAUCAAUGGAUACACAAUCCACUACGCUCCGUUCCAACCUGCUGAUGGUUCACCUCCCAUCCGUACCCUGGUAUACAUCGGAACCCCAGAUAAUGAGCAGUUUGUCGGUCCCCAAGACCCCCAGAAGCUUGCUGAACACAUCUUCCGCAGUCAAGGACCCAGUGGUCUGAACAAGGACUACCUUUUGAGUCUCGACACGGCUCUUAGCGAGCUUGCCCCUGAUAGCGGUGAUGUUCAUAUUCAUGAUCUCGCCCGCCGUGUUAGAGAACUUGAGAGCAACCGCGCAGAUGAGAAUAAGGUCACCAGCUCACUGCUCUCCGCCCAUAAGCAGAAGCACAGUACCGAGGAGGCAGAGGAAAUCGAGGAGCCACACCAUUAA